UCUACUUCCCCCAUGAGUUGGCCCGGUCGGUCUGUCUGAUCGUGACGUGUGUUACCUCAAAUUGUACAGGUUACUAAAUAUGAAGUUAUACGGUUUUGUUGCAGAUAAUAUGCAGUGAUACGAGGGAGAGAAAUUAGCGCGCAAAUCGAGUCGUGUCGGUGUUUCGGAAGAAGUAAUAAUGCCUCGCGCGGCUGGCAGAAGAGAUGGUGGGGCUAACAGAAAUGUGAUGUGUGUCUUGUUUCCGCUCACCGCCGUGUUUUUGUUUUUGUCGGUCGGUGUUACUGCUAUUCAAGAGGAGCAAAAAUCUGUCCCGGAACAGCCCCCACAAGAGAAAGUCUCCAGUGCCCAGCCACCGGGCCCAGUGGUUUCUGAAGAUGUCGCCACCAAAGGGAACAUGGGCUUCAUUCAUGCCUUUGCCGCCUCUUUAUCUGUCAUCAUUGUCUCUGAGUUGGGAGACAAGACCUUUUUCAUUGCUGCCAUCAUGGCCAUGCGCUACAACCGCCUCACCGUGCUGGCCGGGGCUAUGCUGGCCUUAGGAUUCAUGACUUGUCUUUCUGUACUGUUUGGCUAUGCCACUACCAUCAUCCCAAGAAUCUACACAUACUAUGUAUCCACUGCUCUGUUUGCCAUCUUCGGUAUUCGCAUGCUUAGAGAGGGGCUAAAAAUGAGUCCAGAUGAAGGUCAGGAGGAGCUGGAGGAGGUGCAGGCGGAGAUCAAGAAGAAGGACGAAGAGCUCCAGCGGACUAAGCUCACUAAUGGGACUGCAGAUGUGGAGGCUGGAACAGGGACUGCUGUUCCUCAGGGAAAGUGGCACAGCUUCAUCUCACCCAUCUUCAUCCAAUCCCUCACUCUCACUUUCCUCGCAGAGUGGGGGGACCGAUCGCAGCUAACUACAAUUAUUCUAGCUGCCCGGGAGGAUCCAUUUGGAGUCGCAGUGGGCGGCACCAUUGGACACUGUCUGUGCACAGGACUGGCUGUGAUAGGAGGGAGAAUGAUUGCCCAGAAGAUAUCGGUUAGAACAGUUACAAUCAUUGGAGGAAUAGUUUUUCUGGCAUUUGCCUUGUCUGCCCUGUUCAUCACACCAGAAACUGGACCUUAAAUUGGAGGAAAGACUUUCAGGUUCACUCUGUAAAUACUUGUAACAUUUGAUCAAGUUGCUGUAGAUGCAUUUUAGUUUCGACCCUCUAAGUCUAAAGGACUCAACAAAGAGUUGAAGUCCUGUCUUCCUUUCCUUGAACGUUUCUGUUCCUUUGUGAUCUGUGAAUCAGUUGGAUUUCUCAGAGGUUAAUUAACAACCUGUAGGUGGCAUCCAAACCUCAUGGGACAUGUGUUUGUUGACUGCUUACAAGGUGUGUUUCAUCUUCAUCUCGUCUAAUGAAGGAAAGACUGAAUCACAGAGGCCUGAUUAACAGGUGCGAGCUUAGAAAGGAGGGAGGACUUUGUCACACUCUUUAAAACUUGUAUUCUUUUCACACGGUGUGUGAGAGAAAACUAGAUUGUUGCCGAUUGCUGCCCUAUAACGUUCUACAGGUGGCUCAGAAACUGAAGCCAACUUUCCUCAUAGUAACAUCUCAGCAAGGCACUUAGUCCAUUUAAAAAAUCUUUUCCGUUUUUAAUGUUUAUUUUAAAUGUUAAGGAUGAGCCCCUUUGCUGUCAGGUGACUUUUGGCAGAAUACGAGCCGCCAGUUUCCUCCCAAGUACAGCAGUUGAGGCUGGUGUUACUGUUGUUUCCACCAUCUGUUAUUAGCAUUUUUUUUUUUUUUUUUUUUUAAACACACACCUUACAGAGGUGCAUGUGAGAGUGCAUUCAGAUCCUGUCAGAUUGGACCAGUGUGCAAAUAGCACAGCUAACAUCACACACUAUCCAGAUAGCUCCCCUGCGGUUACCACACAGAUUAUUUCCAACGGUGUGAACAUGUCUCAAGAGUACUAUUUACUGCUGCUACAUGUCAGAUGUGGGACAGCUGUAGAGCAUAUACCCGUCUGGUGUUCUGCAGAUUGUCAAAGAGCUUGUUUACAACCAGAACCAGCUGCACAUUUAUAGCAACAGUUUCUGUGAUCUGACUUACACUGAGUUUUGUUUUUUUUUUCUUCUUCUUGUAAACACAAGAUUUUUUUCCCCUAGUUUCACAUAAGAGCAGUCCUUUACAGAGACCUGAACCACUAGAAUACCUCUACUUACCUGUAUUUGAAUGUCAGCAUCCUGGGUUUAUCUACAGUUCACGUGAACCUCUUCAGAAAUGAUAAUCUUAUUUACUCAUAAUGGUAUCAGACGGUAACGGCGAACAAGACGUGGGAUUAGGUUAAAGAAAAGGCCAGUAGUCACCCUGACAGGUUGAGUCUUCCUCUGCGAUUAAAGCCAUUUCCAGCAUGAACCUCACAGUUACUGUGACAGAUUGUAAAGAGGACUACAUCAGGUACAAAAAUUAUUUAUCCUACCCAAGACUUGCAGUAGAAGCCACUUCUCUUAGCUGUGUUGGAUCUGCGGUGACACCUCGACCUAACUUAAUUUAGACCUAAAUUUCACCCUUUAUUUUAAACGGUAUGUAUUUAUUUAGCUUCCUUUUCUUUUUCCUUUCUAGGCAUAUGUAUUGACAAAGGGUGGAUGAUAUUACUGUACAAGCAAUGGAAAUAUUUUUUUAAGUGAACAGGCUAAAGCUGUGUUGUCAAUAUUUGACAGGCUGUGAACUACUUCUGUUUGUCAUACAGGUUCUUUGAAAUGCCUAUAAAUCUUUAAAAAAAUGAUCAAUAAAAAAGUUUCAUGUGUUGUCUGAUUUCUAAACCAACAUUUAGUGCCGUGUUUGAGUUGAGUGGUGAGGAGGAAUACAGAGAGUCAAUUAUAGGAACAGCACCAAAGAUGAUUCACACAGAUUUAUUUUUGAAUCCAAGGGGAGCAAACGAUUGACAUAUUUGCCUCAUAAGGGUUAUGUUGAGGUCCAUGAAUAAUUUGGCUCAAGAAAUUAAUGCAAGUCACCUUAAAGUCACCUAUUACACUUUUCAUCAUGUUACUGUCAUCUAUGUACUGAUACAGUGACUAAAGCUCAUUUUAGAGUAUUUUUUCCACUUCGCUCUGUAUAUGGAAGUUUGUUUCAGACACUGCAUGGGUGGAAAAAUGACAUCCAUAAGUCAAACUUUGGGGUUUGGUUUGGUUUUGUUGAUUCAUUUAAUAUGCCAUCAACCUGGCAGGGACUACAGAUGAAAAUUAGUCCAUCUGGCUAUUUACAAGAUUAAUUUUAGUGCUCAUGUUAAUUAAUAUGCAUUGUCCCUUUGAAAUAAACAUACAUAUACCAACUUAAUUAUUUAUGGAUGGCAAAAAAUAUUUUGGUUUGUUUUUCAGUGGUUGAAACAAGUUUUCAUGCCUUUAUGUCGUCAGUGAGAAUAAGUAUUAAUCAUUCUUAACACGUCAUAUCUCACGCUGUUCAAACUUUGUUUGCUAAGGGCAGCAAAUCAGAAAAGCAGAGGGAUGAGCGCUACAAUGAGUGGUUUCAGACAGUGGAUGUACUGAGGGGCUGCACCAACAUCCAGUAUGAAAUGUAAACAGAUUAUUUUGAACUUUUGAGUCAUGCAAAGCUACAGUAAUGUUAAAGAAUUUACCAAAAAAAACAAUGAAGCUGGAAAUCAGCACAAUAGGUCCUCUUUAAGUGUCUUUAUAACACUGGAGUGCAAUAAAAUGCUAAUGUGUACAAUUUCUAAAUGUUGGAUAUAAUCAGUGAUUAAAGUUGAGCUGAGGUGUUUAACCUAAUAACAAACAGCAGGUGUCAGUAGUGGAUGCUUAGUGCAACAUUUCCCAGUUGUGCUUCAUAGAAGAACAAACUGGAAGCCUUAGCAUUCACUACAAACUCUUAAAGCUUAUUAGAAAGAAAACUGGAAUAGGUUCUAUUAUGUGGUUAUAAAGUUGUAAUAGAUGCAUUUAUUGAUGAUUAAGAGAUUAAUUGCUCUGAAUUGAGUUGUUUUAGAGUUAGAUAUUAGUUUUGCCAAUUUGUAACUCAAAUAUUCUGCUUGAAGUAAAUAAUCCAUGCAUAUAUGUGUUUUUCAGCUUCACAUAACAAUGAUUAAAUAUAUUAAUUCAUAUCUGCACAUUUUUCUAGAACCACGUGAUCAGACUUGCCUAUAAUGUAGUGAGAGAGGUUUAUUAACAACUCAAAAAGACAUGACUUAAAACUCUUUACAAAGGGUGUAUUUUUAUCUCAAAUGUAACCAAAGAUUUCAAUUCAUAUUCAGAUGUGUUACCAAAGUUAAAUCAGAAGUUGGAUCUUCUGGUCAAACCUGAAUUACUGACGUCAUUACAGGAGUUCAAAAGUCCUGCUCCCGUCAUCAAUCAGGGUGUGACCACAUUGUGUGGGAUGUAGUCAUGAAAGAUUUAAUGUUGUUUUUUGCUGUUGAGCAAACUGCAGCAGUUAAUUACUUGAGCCAAAAAAAAAAAAAAAAAAAAGCCACAAAAA